AUGAGGUAUUUGCAUAACCUUCUAGCAGCUACAGCUGCGUCUCCUUUUCUCCUUUCUGUUAUGGCACAUACCUGUCCUCCCCUCGGUCAAGUUCUUCCGCCGCCAACAGCUCCUAGUGAUUAUCAAGGUCUCAGGAACGCAACGCAAAAGUUGGCUUCGACUCUUGACUCUCAAUUCAGCUCCAAUUUGAAUUCCAGCGGCAUCGCCAUCCUGGUCAAGUCAAUACAUGAAGAUGUGCCACUCUUUAGUCAUUUUUACACGCCGACCAUUCUAUCUGGGAUAGGUACAAAGAACAUCGAUGAGAAGACAAUUUUCAGAGUCGGCAGUUUAUCAAAGCUAUUCCCUGCAUUGGCAGCUCUACAGACUGAUGGUAUUCGCAUGGACGAUUCCGUUCUCAAGUAUAUCCCAGAGCUGCAAAACGCCCAGCAAACUAGCUUUGUGGAGUCAAUCGCUUGGGAUGAUGUUACUAUCGACUCGUUGAUGACGCACCUGUCUGGUCUUGCGACUGAUACGGCAAUGGACUUGGGCAUCUUCCCCAUCGGACUAUGGCAGCAAAUCGGUUUACCAGCCAUACCAAGAGGUAGUGGACCCAAUUGCUCUGGGCUACCCGGCACUGCUCCUUGCACCAAAGACGACCUCAUCGACGAUUUGAAAGAGAGAGAACCUAUAUAUCGGCCCUACACAACGCCUUCCUAUUCCAAUGUCGGUUUCGCCAUUCUUGGAAUGGUCAUUGAUGCUGCUAUCAACGGCUCAUACAUAGACGCUAUCCAAACUGGAAUCUUUGAUGCCGUUGGCAUGAACAGCUCCUCGUUCAAUGGGUUUGUCCAGUCUUUUCCAGAAAUUGGCUUCGUCCCCGUCGGAGAGACGACUUGGAAUGCUACCUUGGGUGUCUUCGAGAGUGCUGGUGGCAUGUUCUCAAGCACCUCAGAUCUCAUUGCCUUCGCCGACGGGAUUCUCACUAACCGCUUCCUUAGCCCGCGUCUCACGCGUGAAUGGAUGAAGCCGCGAAGUCAUACCUCGUCUUGGGGCUACUCAGUCGGCGCCCCUUGGGAGAUCGUUCGCAGUGACCAACUUACGGCCGACGGCCGUAUCGUCGACUUGUAUACCAAAAGUGGCGAUCUGGGCCUCUAUCAUGGCCUCCUAGGAUUGAUCCCCGAUUUUGAUUUGUCUCUUGCUGUUCUUACUGCCGGUGCUGAAGUAAGUGCAGAGACGACUGCCGAGAUCUUCAGCACCGUCGUCGAAGGGUUGGUUCCUAUGGUUGACGAGGCAGGACGAGCCGAGGCAGCAGCCACACCCUUGGUGGGUACAUACUCUGAUCUCGCGACAAACUCGAGCAUUGUAUUGAGCAUCAAUGCGGAAAAUACGCUCAUCAUCGACAAAUUCGUCGUCCGAGGUUUCGAUGUGCUUCACCACCCCGACUUGUACAGUCUCGAUGCUCUUUCGCUUGGUGAGGGAUCUCUCCCUGAAAGCCUCUAUGUGGAUGCUCGGUUAUAUCCAACCAAUCUUAUUGGCCAAAGAAAUAAUGGCUUAAGGAAAAGAUCAUGGCGAGCAGUUUAUGAUACGAGGACUGCGAAAGAACAGUCCGCUCAAGACGCAAGGCUCGUAGCAAAACACGGUAGCUGUCAGUCCUGGUUUCAGUUGGAUCGAGCCGCCUAUGACUUCCACAGCAUAGGCGACUUCAUCUUCAGUUAUGGGAAAGAUAACGGCGUGACAGCUAUCACAAAUGCCGCCUUCAACAUAACGCUUUCCAAAGGCUGUUAG